AUGCAACCACGCCUGCGCUAUGACGACGUCGCCUGGGAGAAAAGCGAAGCCAUCGCCGAUGAGUGGGUUCGCCAGUUUCUUGAACCCGACGUACUACAAUCGGUUGGCAGGUUUUUGGUCAGGCAUCAUUGUCCUGGCGAUGCUGUCGAGUUCAGUUUUCUCGAGAAAGGCGCAUACAAUAUCUCUUUGCAGAUGAAGUACAAGAAUGUGACCACUGCCGUAAUACAUUUUCCCCAGCCAGGUGCCACCAUGUUUUUUGAAGACCCUUGUAUCAUUAUGGACUAUAUUGACCAUGAUACAAACAUGUAUGAUGCUCUCAACACACCUGGGUGCCCAAAGGAUGUUCGUGGAACUCUUGAUCCAGGUAUCAGUGAGGCAAGAUUAGAGACUCUUUACAGAGAGGUUGCAAGUAUUUUACUUCAGCUUUCUCGACCAUGUCUACCCCGGAUCGGGUCACUAGACCAGGUUGAUGACUUUAUCUGGAAAGUGACACAUCGACCUUUAUCAAUGCCUAUGAAUACUCUGGUUCAGCUGGGAUCCUUACCCCAGUCAAGACUACCAACCACGACAUUUGACACCACGUCCUCAUACUUCGAAACCCUAGCAGAGCUACAUAUUGCUCAUCUCCUGGUUGCUCGAUAUCUGUUCCGGAAACUCGCCAGACAACAUCGUUUAACAGAGCAGUCAGCAUCCUUUGAUAAAGGCCCGUUCAAACUUUGGUGCGAUGAUUUCUGUCCAGCCAAUACCCUUAUGAAGGCGCUGAAAAUCGUCGGAGUUGUAGAUUGGGAAUUCACAUAUGCUGCCCCGAUCGAAUUCUCUUUUGCGCCACCUUGGUGGCUGUUGAUUAAAAGGUCGGAAUACUGGCCUCAAGGCCUUGACAACUGGUGUAGCGAGUAUGAACGACGCUUUCAAACCUUUCUCAGCGCGAUGAGAUAUCAAGAGGACAAGGCAAUUGAACAGGGCUGGCUAAAGAGUACGCAGCGGCUCUCUGGCCCGAUGCAAAAUAGCUGGGAGAGUGGAGACUUCUGGAUUGCGUACGCGGCGAGGAAUAACUUUGCCUUUGACUUGAUAUACUGGCACAAGAUUGAUCUGCGAUUUUUUGGGCCGACUUCUUCUCCCAUCGACGAACUCGAGCGAAUGAAGACCCGGGAAUUGGCUUGGGACCCGAACGAUUACACCAAGGAGGUCGCAGGAAAAGGCUCUGAGGAUAACGCAGCGAACGGAGAUGAAAUUGGAGGAGCUGAAGCUGGAGCGGACGAUAGGUGA